CGGGUGUUCGACUCACCCCUGGGAGAUUUUUUGCUGUUUUUGUGGUUUCCACUUUCAGGCAGCACAAUGGACCACUCCCGCGGGUUCACGCUGCUGUUGCUAUACGACUGCGCUUUUGCCGCGGAAGGCUUCAGCGCGCUGUGUCGUUUACGCUCAGCUGUGCUUCUUGUGAAGAACUUCCUCCAGAUCAUCGCAUCUCUUAUAUAUAGGCGUUUCGCUCGACUUCUGUUUCUUUUCUUUUUCUUCUUUUUCCUCCUCUGCUUCCCGCUCCACUUCACGCUGUGCUUUGUCCUCUUGCCCCUUUAAUGUCCCUGCUCUUGUUGUAAAUGGAAAAGUCCUUCGUUGUUUCUGCACCUGGAAAGGUCAUCAUCUUUGGUGAACAUGCUGCUGUAUAUGGAAAAGUAUGUAUUUCUCUCUCAUUCCCAGCGUUUCGAAACUACUCAAUUAUUAGCUCUGUUUUUUUGUCUUGUUACUCCUUGCUAAUUAUUCAUAUUCGUUCCUUGUAUAUUCUUCCACUUGUUUUUAAUCGAAACUUAAUCAUAAUUUUUCACUUUGUACUAACUUUUUUUCCCUCCCCCCCAUUUUCUUUCUCUGCCUUGCAAAAGCCUGCUAUUGCUGCCGCUGUAUCCCUAAGAACUUAUCUAUUAGUUUCUCCCAAUGGAGAUAAAGAUAAAGACUUCAUCAAACUAGACUUGCCCGAUAUCGACUUUUCUCAUUCUUGGAAAAUCUCUGAUUUGCCUUGGUCAAUAAUUCCAUCUAAUAACGUCGAUAAUACACCAGUCUUUAGACCAAAACCAACAGAAUCUUUAAUUCCCGAAGUUGUAUCAAAAUUAUCCGAAUUUAUCUAUGAUAUCACUAACCCAAUUCACUAUAAUUCGGCUUAUGCCUUUCUUUACCUCUAUCUUUUUUUAUUAAACAAAUCCACUCCUGCCUGUACUUUCACUAUCAGAUCAACUUUGCCCAUUGGCGCCGGUUUGGGCUCUUCUGCUUCAAUGGCUGUCUGUUUAGCCGCUUCGUUAUCAAUCUUAGGUACUCAUGUCAGUCCUCCCACUUUGCAGUAUGACGAUUUCUCCAUAACUAACUCAACUGAUUCCUCCUUUAUUGAUUCCUGGUCUUUUAUGGCUGAAAAAUGUAUCCACGGUAAUCCAUCAGGUAUUGAUAACACUGUUGCUUGUCACGGCGGUGCCAUUAUGUUUCAAAGAAUGAAAUCCUCAAUUCCCUCUGUCAAAACCCUAAUUAAAAACUUCCCAACCUUGAAAUUAUUAUUAACUAAUACUGCUCAUCCAAGAAAGACAUCUGAUUUAGUAUCAAAAGUAGCCUCCCUAACUAACCAAUUUCCUUUAGUAUCUGGCUCAAUCUUAGAUGCAAUCGAAAGCCUAACCAAAGAAGCUUAUAAUCUAAUAAUCAGACCUUUUUUCGAUAACGAUUCCAAAAAUCGUUUAAGAGAUUUAUUCAGAAUUAACCAUGGUUUAUUAGUCUCCCUCGGUGUAUCUCAUCCUUCUUUAGAAAAAGUGAAACUAUUAGCUGAUAAAUUAGAUCUUGGCGAAACCAAAUUAACAGGCGCUGGAGGUGGUGGUUGUGCUAUAACGCUCUUGAAAGAUGAUAUUGAUACCUCCAAAAUUGAUUCCCUUUUAAACCAAUAUCAAAACGAAGGUUUUGAAGCUUUCGAAACAACUUUAGGCGGUAAAGGUGUUGGUCUAAUGUAUCCAAGUGUUAAUCCAUCCACGAAUCUAAAUGAUCCAACUGUUGAUUUAAGUCACUUCACUCCAAAUGGUUUCAUUUCAAUCGAAUCAAAAAUAAAUAUUGAAAAAUUCAUUGGUAUUGAAAAUAACCCUGAAUGGAGGUUUUGGUAAUCAAAAUCACCUCAAUAACAUCUCUAUCUUAAUAUUCUACUUAGCUUAAUAUUCACUAAUGAAAACUUAUUUUUUUUCUUUUUUUUUUCUUUUUUCUAUUCCUCUAUAUUUUUAUUGUUUUUUCUUAUUCUGUUUCUGUCUCUGUCUUGCUAGAUCCAUACAUACAUAUAUUUUAUCUUUUUAUUUCUUUAUCACUGUCUCUUUUUUUCCUUGGUUACUUCACAUCAUGUCAUGCAAAUUAAUAUCGAUUUCUUGUGCCUAUAUACAUAUUUUGCCCCUUUUUCUUUUCACAAACACUUCUCCUAUAGCUCUUUUGCUUCCAAUAGAUCUCUUUCUCCAAUAAACAC